GUCCUCUGUCUAAUGUAGCACAGGGUGUCACUGCAGGAUCUGAGUCAACUGUGGAUUUAAGUCACGCAAGUCCUGCUGAUCUGAGGCAACUGUGUUGAAUAGUUUAAUACUUCAAUAGUUUAAGUAAUACAGGAUUUUAGACCAUCUGCCAAACCUGCACAAUUACCAAUUAUAAACAGUUAAGGCUCAUCGCAUGAUUUGCAUAAAUUUUCAAUAAAUGGCUGAUGACUUUUAGUUAGUUUUCAGUUUGAGUUGUUUUUUUAGGUAGUUUCACUUCGUUUUUAGUUGCUUUUUUACUUGGCUUUCAAUGCUGGCACAUAGGCGACUCGCAUCCGCAGCUGACUCGGGUCCUGUGGUGACACAGGGAACUGGUGGUGUGGUUCUCGACUUCUCCGCGGUCGGACAAUAAUGAGCAUCCCUGGAGUGAUGUGCUGCGACGGCAGGCUGUCCGAAGGCAGACUGAGGAGGAGACAGGGUGAGAGAGAGAAGGGGGGUCUUUCAAGGAGCGGAGAGAUGUGGGCAGUGGGAGAAAAAUGGUAGGGUCUGAGUUUUAGUCCCGUAUGUGUGUGAGCGUGUACUUCCACGAGACAUGGCACGGAACCAGCUUUGGUGGCUGGUGUGAUUAGUGCUGUGGCGCUGUUACCCUCCGCGUUCCUGGCGGGCGAAAAUUUUCAGGUGGCCAACAAGCCCGACCAUGUGACCCCCAGCCAAUGAGGGAGCCGUCUCCUCGUCCUCUCCCGCCCGCACCCACGCUUGCCCUGCGGGCGUCGUCUUAAUCAACAGCGUGCCCCCUCAGUGGGUGCUGCGCGCUUUCAUUCACAUGCCUCCGGGUGUUUGGACGGACUCCACCCCACUGAGUGAGCUGAUUGCAUCCGCCGUGCUUCCAGUCAAAAGCUCACAGAGGCAGGUGGAACGUGAAAUGAGUCUGACCGUGAUCACCAUUCUCACCCAUAUUCACUGUUCACUGGUACAUAGCGUACCCACCACUUUAUUUUGGUUAUGCUCACAAACAGUUAACUGUUUAGCUGAAAUGACAGUCAGCCUCUGGACCCUAGGAGUACCUAACAAGGGUUUAUAUGUUUAUGAGUAUUAAGGUUUAGAUCAAUUAGCCUUUAGUGUUGUCUUUCUAUAUAUUUCUUAAUUAAGAAGAGGAAUUCUCUGGGCUUUGGGGAGGCCCAGCACAAUAAAGAUUAUUUCUGUCUCUGUAUGCAGGCCAGUAUGUCCUAGACUCAGUGCUUAGCAUAUGGGACACAAGAUGCCAAGUAGCACAUUUUAAAAUGUGCUCCCCACCCUCCGAGAAAAAAAAGGACUGGAAAAUUCGUGACAUUCUGACAUAUUUGCGCUGAUGGGCCAUAGAUGUCCGGUUAUUUUCUGUCUGAGUCGCAAGCUGACGUUAAUGCCUCUUUAAGCCUAUGCCACACCGUACCGUUUGAUUAAGCUAAUAGAGGAUGGCUGACAGACCCCCUUUUUUCUGUGACAUAUAUUGCUGCUUCAGUAAUAAACUCCAUUAAUUUGUAAUCACUGUUUCACAGAUAGUAUUCUCGAUAUAGUCUGCAAUCAAAGCAAAAGUCCGCCGGUCUAUUCUCCUUUCCUGGCUGUCCUAUCUUUUUAAACCGCAAAUUAAGAAGUAAAUUCGCGUGUUUUAUAAAGACUUUUCUAAAACCUCGCACGUUGCGGUUGCAAGAUCACCGAGUCGUUUUUAAAACUAAAAAUGUACAAAGAUGUGGCUUUGAAAUAUAACGAAGGGUUUGCAAUUGUGUGACAGUGAUUAACAUGAAAACCGGGAUAGUUAUGAUGUUACGUGGAAUUUAGAAUCGACUAUAAAACAGAAAUCGACUGCGCUCGCAUUUGCAAAUACGACACGUUACUGUAAUAGGAUACCGAAACCGGUCUUAGCAAAUCGGACACUACUACCAUGACAGAAGUUUAGCCGAGUACAUCUGUCCAUAUGUCUGUUCUGACAAAACAGUAUCUGCUUGUCUGUGUGAAAUAAAAAAUAACCGACGAAUGAACGAAGCCCGUACAUCGUUAUCUGAUGCUUUCGCAUUGCAUAUAAAUGCGUACAUAUCAUAUGCCUUGUUGCAAUGUCUCAAACGUGACUCAGACGUGUCAGUCCGAUCAUACUUGCCGAUGUACGAGGAAAAACGUAUAAUUAGUUGGGUGACUAAGCGAGAAAAUGUUAAGAUGAAAACAUUCGAAACCCUCCGCAAAGGCUUACAGAAAGCGCGCGGGAGUCCGGCUCUCUCUGGCACGCUCUGCUCCUCACAUAGGAGAAAAGGAGGUGCACCACACACUGUACAUAUAGGCUAAUUACUGUAACUAACGUGCGGCCUUGAUUAAUUUUAGGUUGUGCAUUUGUUCUUUUCUCCCCUGCCCUUUCAUUAAGCGAGAGUUUUCAGAAUAAAACAAGAUAUUUUCCGAUAAAAUAGGUUUUUCACCAUAAUGUACAAAAUAGAGUAUUCUGGCAUGAUUGGGUCGUCUGAAAAAUACACUUUAUGCGAAAAGGCUUAAUGUGAUAAAUGCAACAACUAGUUUUUUAUAUAAAUGUAUAAAAUGUAUGGGUAUCAUCCUCAGUAGUAUACUUAGGUGAAAACAGUAUAGCACUUUGAUUAGUCAGCAAAACGCACGCUAUGUUAUAGCGGUCCAGAUAAAUGAAGGCAGCUUAACUUCCCCGCAGUUGGUCUAAAGGUUUAAUUACGUCAUUCUCGGUAGAGACAAAGCCGCCCGCCUCCAUCCAGAAGCAGAGUCGGAUCAGACCGCGGACAGCUCCGUUUUCCGGGUGGAUGUUAAAGGCGAGAGGAGGAAAACAUCCGAAAAUAACGCGCAGCGCAUCAACAGUCCGGGACACAAACUGGAUAUAAAAUAUGUGUGUAAACUCUGCCACGUUCUGCGAUUCACCAGCUAUGCUCAGCUUUGGAAUAGUGGGCUCGUUAACUUUGCUUUGGCGGUUUGUUAGUUUGCCACAGAUAGGAGUUUAUUAAUUAUAACAUGGAUGACUGCGAAUUGGACCGUAUUCGAGGGUAACAGCUGUCUGAUAGGAUAAGUCGUCUGAGAGAUCAGGUUAGCUAUGGACCCCAUGCCGGAGUAUUCCCAUUUCCUGGGAAGGAUCCUGGAGGAGCUGGAUGCUAAGCACAAUGCCAUGUCCUACCAGGACCUCUGCAAGUCGCUGUGUGCCAGAUUUGACCUGGUCCAUCUAGUGAAGCUGCGGAGUCUCCUUUUUUACACUGCCUGCAUGGACCCCUGCUUUCCUGCCACCUUGUUCCGGGACAAGAUGCGAAACACCUCAGAGGACCAGCAGUCCAGGAAGCUGAUGGCAGCAGCCGACAUCGUCACCAUGUUCAACUUGAUCCAGAUGAACAGUGGUACUGCAAAAGACAGGCUGCCCAUAGCCCAACGCCCCAAGUUUCAAAAGAACCAGUCGUUUGAGUCGUGUCGGUCAGAUUCUGACAUGUAUAAGCAGUCUGACUAUAGCAGGGCCUACGACGUGUCGUACAAGCCGACUUCGCGGGUUUCGCCGUGUUCGAAAUCGGAUUUUGGUGACUGCCAGCCGUUCGUGCCAGCCUCCAACCCGUCCCGUCUCCUGGGGGUCAGCAGGGAUUUUAAAUGCAGAGCAGCCUCACUGGAGAAGCUUCAGCAUCUCCCACAGUACCCACACAGCAGCUCGCCGUCCUGCGACAUGCAGAGCACCUACUUUCCAAUGGAGAUAGACAGCGAAUCCACCACCGAUCAAGAGUCUUUGCAGCUAAAGUCCGGGCUAAAAAACAGGUUUCCCUCAACAGCCGGACCAUUUUCUGUGCACUCCUGUGUGGAGAAGAGAAAUAUCUUUAAGGAGGACUUCCACAAUUUCGUGGCCUUCUCUCCCCAAGUGAUCACCACGGAAUCCAAGUCCAGGGAUGACUUGAGCGGGGUGUUCCAGCGUAAGGACUCACAGAAACAUGCCUUCUUCAAUCACAGCUUUGAGCUGCCUUAUAAUAACCCUUAUUUUGAUUCAGCAAGUCCCCCUUUCCAAGAAAAGAAACGGUCGAAGCACGAAAGUCUGGAUGACCUACAGGCUUCCACCUAUUUUGGGCCAACGACCAUCACAGAGAGUGUAAGCACCAGGAGGACACUGGGGCGACACAGCAGGCCAUCCCCCUGGCCUGUGAAGAGCCUGAGCCUGAAUACAGAUGAGGGACCAGAUUUUGAAGACACUUUUCUAAAUUCCAAGCGGUCUAAAGAAUGCCAUCUCCAUGACAUGGGCAGUGUGGAGAGUGAGCAGAACUACCGAGAAGUCAAAGAGGAUUUGGAAGGUUCCCCAUCGGGAUUUAGUGUAAAGUCUAAUGAAUCGAAGUCACAGGACAUGGGACCUGUGGGUAAUGGAGUGAUUGUAGACCACAGAGAAGGUGUGAAGAGAUUUAAAGACAAAAGCAUCAACUGUCCCUCUAUCCAGGUAGGUGGCGUAGACAUUCCCCUGAGCGUGAGCACACAGACUGAUCAAUCUGAAAAGAGGAAGGUUAAAGACCUCCCUGCCUUCAGCAAAUAUGGGGAAAGACAUUCAUAUAAGCUCUCUGAAGAGGACUCUGAGAUUGUCAGUGAUGACAUCAGUGACAUCUUCCGCUUUCUGGAUGACAUGAGCAUGUCUGACUCUCUGGGAAUCCUUCAAGCAUCACAGUACAAUAGCAUCGGAUCCCUCACUUGUGCCCAGAAGUCAGAUGAAGACAGUUCUCCAGAGACUAAUGCUGCAAAGCUCAGCAAAGCAGGUCUCAAGCUUGACCGUCUCUUCCAGUCACUGGAGAACACCGAUGGAGAGUUGAAGGCCAGCGUUUGUAAGCUGGUCCUCCGGAUUGGAGAGAUCGAGAAGAAGCUGGAGUCCCUGUCCGGGGUACGUGGGGAGAUCUCUCAGGUUCUGUCCAAACUGAACAAGCUGGAUGAAAAGAUACAGGAGCCAGAGGUCAGUGUCAGGCCAAGUGAGUCAAACACAGCCAAUGAGACUCACCCAGAGAGCAGCUCUUCUCCUGGCAUUCCUCGGUGCCAGCCCCCUGGAAACACCAGUGGAAUUGGUGGUCCAGACUGGUGCUGCUCGGACGCCAGUGGCAGCAAUACUGACAGUCUGCGAGUCAAAGCCCUAAAAAAGACUGUUUGCACCAGGAGGUCAUCGAGAUCCUUGGCUGAAGAAAAUGGAGCCAUCGAGACGAAGAUCUGUAGCAUGUCCAACUCCCCUAGGAAUUGGAGGUCCUCUUGUGCCAGUCACGUUGGAGAAGAUGGAAAGGAGAAGGAUCGUGGUAGCAAGGACCGCCACCGAAAAUCCAAAGAGGCGGAGCGGCAGUGCGAAGCCCACCGGCCGUCCAAGCAGGCGAAGGAGCCAUACCUGGUGGAGCAGGUGUUCACUCCUCACCGCUUCCCGCCAGCGGCCAAGUUUCCCCUGAGGAACAGCCCCGUUUAUGCGGGCAUGCGGCUCGUCGACCGGCCGGAGGGCAAGAGGACGCAGCCGCCUCCCUGGCCGCUGGAGGAGUACAAGCAGAGUUCUGUGGAAAAGGCCAAGCUCAGCACGUUGGAACUGCAGACACAGGAGUCCUUGAAUCCCAACCACCUGGAGUACUGGAUGGAGGACAUUUACUCACCGGGCUACGAUUCGCUGCUGAAGCGCAAGGAGGCGGAGUUCCGGAGAGCCAAGGCCUGCAAGAUAGGCGUGCUGAUUGCAGCGGCUGCCUGCACUGUGAUCCUGGUCAUCGUGGUGCCCAUGUGCACCAUGAAGUCAUGAGUCGCUCCACCUGCCCCCCCCAAUGUGUAAUCCCUCAUCAUUCGCUGGCAAUGCCCAGAGUAAUGUGCAUGUGUACUCAUUGUGAAGCUGGGAAAGGAGUGUAACGUUUUAUCUACCAAUGUGUUUAUUUGCACUGAUGCUCAGGAGCUUCCAAGGUAUUCGAUAGCUGUACUGUUACCGCAUUCCAAGGCUCCUCAGAGGAUCUGGCGCAAAUUUGUCAUUCUGCUAAGGAUUGUCGGAGUGCGUCGUAUUGUGUGAAAACCGUGCUAGGUUUGUUUUCUAAGCAUUCUGUGAUCUUCUUGAGAUACUCGACUGAUCAUUUGUACUUCUGUAUUUUACUGAGAACCUUUUUUAACGGACUGAAGGAGCGCGAUCAGGCGUGAUCCGGCUUUUGCUUUUCUGUUGGGCUUGUCAUGACGUCUUGAUGAGGCUUGUGCUCUGUGUUUUCCUAAUAGGCACGGCUGAGGUCAUGGCGAACAGCACGAAGGCUGAAACCACAUAGAUGCCCUCACAGGCCUUGGCAAUAGUGAAUGUAUGUAGUGUAGGAGCCCUGUUCGGUGGGCAGUGGGCGACAGAGAGCUCCGCUCCGCUCCGCUCCGCUCCUUGUUUUAGCUUCCUUGAAAAUCUCCAACUGUUACGGGUUCAUUACUCAGCCGCAUCGCACACUCUACGAUAACAACAGAAAAAGGACACCAUCCAUCCUUCUCAUCGGGCAACGUCCUGACCAGAAUGUCUGUGAGCUGAAUCAGAGCGCCCCCUAUUGGACGAGGCUGGAGGCCACACUGGGCAACCUGGACAAAAUGGCUCCCUUAUCCAUGCCCCCUAUCAGAUUCGGGGUAGCUCCAGCCCCCCCCGCAACGCGACAUAUCUCCGCUGGCUCAGGAGUGCCUGCCCUUACACUGCCGGAGCUGUCCCAGACACACUGUUGCUCGUUUGCUGAGCUAAAAUGGCUGAUCUUGGACGUCAGUGUUUUUUCAUAGCGAUUCUCCAGCUGACUGACAGGAAAAGGGCGGCUUAACGUAAAAACACUGGAACCGAAUGGGUGGAAGAGAAUUUAGCAUGUCAAUCUGUCAAUAGAAACAAUGUACAAACCACGAACCUGAGUCUAUGUCACACAUUGCAAGGUAUAACUCGACCCAGUGCCCUUACUAUGAUGAUUAAUAUACAAUAAUUAUAUGUGCGUUAAAUAUAUUAGGUGACAUACAGUUUGAAGAUGCGAAUCUUCAGCCUUUGGUGGAUGCUUUGGGGGUCCGUUUGAAGUGACAGUAGGAGAACCUUUAAAGUUGUUCUCCAAAAAUGAGCAGGGACCUGAUGGCUCCAGCUCCUUUGCCACCAGUACGGGUCCUGGAGCUGUGACUUAACGUAGCAUUCUCAGCUUGUUACCUAAACUGCUGUAAGUGGAACAGUACAAUAAAAGUUCUGACUGUUGUUGCUGAGCACAUUUUCUGCUACCUGGCCUCAUAAACCUGCCAGCGCUCAGCUCUUCCUGAUGAGUGGCACUUUCAGCACAGGUUCAGCUGGAUUCUUAAGGACGCUCAUUUGAAUAUCACUCCCCCAGGACCCCGUUUGCUGUUUUUGGAUUUUCGGUACUUUCUGAUAGUAAUCAAAUUAUGUAUUUCGUUUGUCAGCUUUUGGAUGGUUUUU